UGGGCAGCUAAGAUCUUUGCAAUCACUUGAAAUUGUUGGAAUGAGUUGCAUAUCAGCUUUAACAGAGGAUUUUUAUGGAGACACUAGGGCAACUAUGGCGUUCACAUCUUUGAAAAAGUUGGGAAUUGAGAAGAUGCCAGAGUUGGAGAAAUGGCACAUACCAAAAUAUGAAGUCUUCAAUAACCUUGAAGAACUCUAUAUAAUUGAUUGCCCCAAACUAAUUGGAGAACUCCCCCAACAAUGUUCAUCACUACGAAUUCUUGAGAUAUCCAGGUGCGACAGUCUUGUUCUUCCCAAUGGUCAAUUAAGUAUCUUCAAUGGAAACAACAUUCAACAAUUCACAUCUCUUUGUGAUCUGAAGAUUUCAAAUCUAAAGAGUUUGAAAGGGUUGUGCCUAGAGCUCAACCAGUUAGUCAAGCUUCAGAGAUUGAGCAUAGUUGACUGUGGGUCUCUCUUACCCUUUCUCCCGAGUUACCUACCUUCCUCACUUAAAGUACUUAAUUAUGAAGGUUGUUGCAACUUGGAAGUCGAGAGUGAAAACUGGCAACUGGAGGAUUUGACAUUAGUUAAUUAUGAUUCUCACAAAGUUGUGUGCCUUGGCCGGUUUCCUAUGCUAAAAAGCCUUGAAAUUUUGAACUGCAAAAGUACUGGGAUUGGGAGCCAAAAUAGUGGUGCUGCUACUAGUGUGAUGACGUCACUGCAAACCUUAACCAUCUCCGGCUCGGUUGAUCUAAUUUCUUUCCCUGAGGGCAGGUUGCCAGCAGCUCCCAAGCUAACGCAGCUUCAUCUCUGGAAUUGCAAGAAGCUCAAGUUCUUGCCGCAACAGAUGGAUUCCCUCUUCCCAUCUCUUCGGCAUCUGUUUAUAAGCUGUUGUCCAAAUAUCGAAUGCUUACCGGAAGGAGGUUUGCCCUCUAGCCUACAAUGCCUUGACAUCUCCACUUGCAAAAAGCUCAUAAGUCGCCGGAGAGAGUGGGGUGUAGCGAAACUGCCCUCCCUCACGCAAUUCAGAAUUGGUGGUAUCGAUGAUGAAGUAGAGUCAUUUCCAGAGGAGGAUUGGCUACUGCCUUGCACACUUCAAUCUCUCCAAUUAUGGGCCCAUAAGAAUCUGAAAAAGCUAAGCUAUUCUGGCCUUCGACACCUUUGCUCCCUUCAGACACUAUAUAUCAGAAACUGUACUCGGCUCCAAUCCCUACCGGAAGAGGGACUGCCUGCCUCACUCACCACACUAGAAAUCGAGAAAUGCCCACUAUUGAAACCAAGGUUAAGAUGGAAGAAAGGACAAGACUGGCCCAAGGUUGCCCGCAUCCCAUGCAUAAUAGUCGAUUUGGAGCUAGUUCCUUGAUGAUGACCCUGGGUACUGGUAAGGGCUUGCCUCCCAAUGUUACAAGACCCUUAUCAUCAUCACCAUCUAUUUACGUAAUUAAAGGAAUAGCCAGUUGUGAAUAGCUAGUGUGUUUUGAAGGUGGAGGUUAUCGCUGCUGCAACAAUCUCGGCCAAGGUAGAUUCUGAUCAAGUAAUGCGACCAACUCAGGCAGACCAAGGCUUUCCUCAAUUGGUAAAUGCUGAUGGAGAAAAAAAAAACUUCAUACU